AGAGAAGAAGAAAAAUAUGCCUUCUUCCAUUCAAGUUCAAAGAAUCCACACCACCGCCACCAACCCCAUCACCGCCACCACCACGGCCACCGUUAACCACCACCAUAAACAACUAUCAACCACCACCAUAUGGAAAGUUCCAUCGUCUAUCUGCGUACCAGAAGAUCUUAUGCAUCAUCACACCCAUGCGGUUGGUCCUCACCAGUGCUCCUCCGCCGUCGUUCAAUCCAUCUCCGCCACCGUCGAUGCCGUCUGGUCCGUCGUUCGCCGCUUCGAUAACCCUCAGGCGUACAAACACUUUCUCAAGAGUUGUGAUGUGAUUCUCGGUGACGGUGACGUGGGAACCCUGAGGGAAGUCCACGUUGUGUCAGGUUUGCCAGCCGGAUCCAGCACCGAACGGCUGGAGAUUCUCGACGACGACCGACAUGUCAUGAGCUUCAGCGUUGUCGGCGGAGACCAUCGGCUUAACAACUACCGAUCCGUUACCACCCUCCAUCCGUCACCGAUCUGUGCCGGUACCACCGUCGUCGUGGAGUCCUACGUCGUCGAUGUACCGCCGGAAAACACCAAGGAAGAAACGUGUGUGUUUGUCGACACCAUCGUACGUUGUAACAUGAUUUCACUGAAGCAAAUCGCUGAAAAUUUGGCCAAGAAAACUAACAGUAAAUAAAAUCAAAUUCAACUCGAUCGAUCCUGUGCAUUAACCUGUCCGUUGAUCUUUUCUUUUUUCAUGGGUUUAAUUCAAUCUGUGAUCAAUUUUCCAGUUUCUUUUUUAGAAUUUAGGGUUUUCAUUUUUCUUUUUGCGUUGUUCAUGUGAAUUUAACUUGGUGUUUGUUUCAUGGUUUCAUGUAACAUUUAGAAGAAAGAAUUAGAGGGUUGCAUCUGCAUUAAUUAUUGGAGUUUUAUUUUGAGUA